CAAUAUAAUUUUUAUUUAGCUAUUUUUUAUAAUUUGGUAAUUCUUCUUUCAUUUUGCAAUGUACUAUUAUCGUAUAUGAAAUUUAUACGUAUAUGUUAAAGUGAUUAUUGCGAAAAUUUAUGACUUUUUAACUUAUUUAUUUUUUUUUAAUUUUUUCUCCUGAAGAACAAUUGUUUUCGGACUAUGGUACCUGCUGACAAUUGUCGUUGGAUUUACACAAUGUACGGUUUAGAGAAACCAAUGGAUCAUAUUUCCGCCGGAGGAGUCAUGGCUGGGUCAGUUGCCACUUUGGCAGUGCUUUGGAUUUUUCUGCAAACAUUAGGAUUUAUAGGAAAUAGCCAUUCAGUGGGCGUUUAUAAAUUGCCAAAAACAUUUCAAAAUGAUCUUCCCGUUUAUUCGAAUCUCGUGGGAUUUGAUCAUCAGCUUGCGGAGAAAAUUGUUUUGGGAAAUUUUGAGAAGAGAAAGUGGCCAAAAAUUGAGGAUAAUGCAUUAAAUGAAUCAAUUGCAUUUGCCGAUCGAAUGAUUAAAUUUAGAAGUCGAUUUGAGACAAAUUUAAUUAAUUCUGGAAUUAGUCUUUCAAAAUCAACACCAAGUCACAGUCAAUAUGUUUAUUCAUAUCCAAGUGAGGAUGCAUUUGAAAAAUCAAAUGACGCUAUUAUUGCCGCCAAGGCUUCAUCAUAUCUCGUACAAGAUAACUGUGGAAGAUUUGGACUUGGUAUCAGGGAGUGUGCACAAUUUAUUUCAACUAUAAAAUUAGAUGGUACACUGUUGAAUAAUGCAUGUGGGAAUAAUCAACAAUCUCAUUGUACACCAAAUUCGCGAUACAGAUCAAUUGAUGGGAGUUGCAAUAAUUUGGAAAAUCCCAAACUUGGUUGCGCUAUGACAGCGUACACGAGGCUUCUCUUUCCAAAUUAUGAUGAUGGCAUUCAAAAUCCAAGACAAUCGGGACUUCCUAAUCCAAGAUUGGUUAGUUCAAAACUGUCAACUCCAAGUGACCAAUCAGAUGUUUUGAGAACUUUGGUUGUCAUGCAGUGGAGUGAUUUUAUUCUUCAUGACUUGGCACAUACUCCAGUUCGAAAAAUGAUUUCAAAUGGAAUGCCAAUAUCUUGCUGCAAGGAAGAUGGUAACACGUUACUACCCCGUCAUAUUCAUCCCGACUGCAGUGCAAUUCCAAUUGAGGAUCAUGAUCCAAUUUAUUCUAGUCAUUCAAUUCGUUGUAUGAAUUACGUUAGGUCUCUUCCUGUCAUUAGAUCAGACUGCAGUUUUGGCCCACUUGAACAAAUGAAUCAAGUAAGUCACUUUUUGGAUGGUUCCACAAUUUAUGGUUCGACACUGGAAAGAUCGGAAAGACUUCGAACUUUUCAAGGAGGUCUACUUCGAGUUGAUGUGGAAAAUAAUCGAGAGUACUUGCCAACUGCUGAUUCGGAACCAUUCACUCUAUGCUUGACACCCAAAUGUUAUCUUUCCGGCGAUGAUCGUGUGAACGUCGAGCCCUCAUUAGCGGUGAUGCAUACAAUUUGGCACCGUGAGCAUAAUCGUAUUGCAAAAAAAUUGUCGGAAAUAAAUCCAUCCUGGUCGGAUGAAAUUUUAUAUCAAGAAGCAAGAAAAAUAGUUGUAGCUGAAAUUCAACAUAUUACUUACAAUGAAUGGCUGACAAUUAUCCUGGGUAAAAAUUAUGCUCGCGAUUUUGGACUUCUGAUGGAUGGUAGUCAAAAUUAUAAUUCCAAUGAGGAUCCGGCAGUUGCCAAUGAGGUAGCAACUGCAGCUUUGCAGUUUCAAAAAUCUCUCAAACAAAGUUACUUGAGAAUUAUGGAUGAAAAUCAAGGAUUUAAUAAAUCGAUUCACCUUUGUGAUAAUUACUAUAAACCAGAAAUAAUCGAAAAAGACAAUACAUUUGAUGGAAUUAUCAAAAGUCUAACAACUGAAACCUCACAAAUGAUGGACGUUAACAUGAUUCCUGAUGUGACUCAUCAGUUAUUUAAAACAAAUGGGGAAUUGGGUUUGGAUGCUGUGAGUCUUGACAUUCAACGAGGUCGAGAUCAUGGACUACCUGGAUACAAUUAUUAUCGUAAUUAUUGUGGAUUACCUGCUGUUAGAAAGUUUGAUGAUUUCAAGCAAAUGGGGAAUAAACUUCGGGAACUUUAUAAUUCUCCUGAUGAUGUGGACCUCAUUAUUGGAGGAAUGAUAGAAAAACCAGAAGAUGAAGAAGAGGGCAUUUUAGGACCAACAUUCCGUUGUUUGAUUGCUGAACAAUUUGCAAGAACAAGACGCGCUGACAGAUAUUUUUACGAUUCUGCCAGUCAACCUUAUCCAUUUACAGAAGAUCAAUUAAACAAUAUCCGAAAUGUAACAUUGGCAAGGAUUUUCUGUGACAACAGUGAUAAUAUUUCCAAAAUUCAACGUAAUGUUUUUCUCAAAUCCAAAUCUGGAAACGAAUUGAGAUUCUGUAAUGACUUUGAAGCGAUUCCAAGCGUCGAUUUGUUUGCUUGGGCGGAAAAAGCAAAGGCAUAUCGUUGAAAAUUUUAUUAAUUGGCUGGUCACUAUUUUCACUGGAUCAAAACUCCUGAGAGCCGUUUGAAGUCAGGGCCAAAAAAAGGUGGAGAGAAAUCAGGAUACUUGUCGAACAGUACAAGAAACAUAAGAGAAAAAAAAUAAGAAUGUGGUGACAAAGUCAAAAUUAAAGAGUACAACGUUACAUCUUUAAUGCGUGCAACAUCCACUAACAAAUUAUUAAGAAUACGUGACUAGUCGAUUAGAAAAUAUAGGGACGAUUUUUUAAAAAUAAAAUAAACAGUCUCGAAAGCGAAUGAUAUAUAAACUAUAUAUAAAUAGAUAUAGAAGUCUUUAAACGCUCGCUCGCUCGAUUUCUAAAACUUCUCAAAUUAUACGCAUUUGAAAAAAUUGUUUAAAAAAAUACAACGAAAUGGAAAUUUUACUUUGGAAAAAAAUGGAGUUUACUGAUUUAAAAAAAAAAUUUCUUAAAUUUGAAAAAAUGAGCAAAUUUCUUUGCACUUUUAAAGAAUAAGGGGAAUUUUAAAAAUGAAAAAAAUGUUUAAAACUAUAGUAUAUAAAAAUUCUGCCAGUACAAAAAGUCUGAAUUUUCAAUAUUCACUUCUCGUUUUUUUUUAAAGAUUAAGAUGAGAAGUUGUUGAAAAAAUAAAAAUUCCUUAUUUUUCCAUUGAAUUUUAUGAACAUUAUUUUUUUUACUAUUAAAUAAUAAAUAAUAAUUCCUAUUUUAUUAAUAGAGUUUAUGUUUAAAACAAAGAAAAUACAAUUUACGUAAAAACUUUUUUAGAAUUUAUGAAAUAAAAAAAAGAAGUAUCUUAUUUUAAGAUGUUUUGAUGUCAUCAAAACGAUACCAAAACAUCUUAAAAUAAGAUACUUCUUUUCUCAGUGUACGAAUGCUCAAUAAGUUAUUAUUAUAUAUAUAAUAAUAAAAUAUAAUAUAAUUGUAACAAUUAUAAUUAAUUAUUAAUAUUUUAAUUAUAUACAUAUGAUUUAAUUUUAUAAGUUAUAAUUUUUGAUAUAUAAGUAAAAAAAUUAGGCAUAAUAACAAUAAUAAUAAAAAUACUUCAAUACUGUUCCGCAGUACAUAAAACGUGACUGAUUAGAUUUAGCAUUAUCAUCGAUUGUUUUUGUACUUGAUAAUAGGAUAUAAUAGUACUUAAUACGUAUGCAAUUUGCCGAUUCAAGUUUUGAGCUUAAAUGUUAUUUCUCAGACAUUGAGAGAAAGAGAGAGAGAGAGAGAGAGAAAAUCGCAAUAAUGCGUUGCACUAUUUGCUGAAUAAAGAACUCGGAAAAUACCUCCUAA